CUGAGAGAGGCGCUCGUAAACGGGGGCACCAGCAGUGUUGGCCUUGCUUAACAGCUGUCAGCUCUCAAGUCCAUUUUUCGAUCACGGUUAGAUACACACAAGUGCGUGAAAAUUCUUGUUACAAAAGCCUUUUUCAGCAAAAUGAAUGUCCUGCGUACCGUUCGUUUGGUAACCUACUCGAAGCCCGCACUUCGCAUGGUGCAAUCUCGCAGCUACUCUGACGAGAUGGCCUUCACACUAGCCGCCGCUAACAAGGUGUUCUACGAUAGCGCCAACAUCCGGCAAGUAGAUGUGCCGUCGUUCAGCGGUGCAUUCGGUAUCUUACCUAAACACGUUCCGACGCUAGCCGUGCUGAAACCCGGCGUUGUCACCGUGUACGAAAACGAUGGUGCCCAGAAGAAAAUCUUCGUUUCGAGCGGUACCGUCACCGUGAACGAGGAUGCGUCGGUGCAGGUGCUGGCCGAAGAGGCCCACCCUGUCGAAGAUCUGGAUGCAUCCGCCUGCAGGGAAUUACUGACCAGUGCCCAGAGCCAGCUUUCGUCCGCUUCGGGAGAUAAGGAUCGUGCCGAAGCUGCCAUCGCCGUGGAGGUCGCUGAGGCUCUGGUGAAGGCCGCCGAGUAAGCCGCACAACUCCUUUUCUCCUUCUAACCUCCAAGUAAACAUCGUAUGAUCGUGUGGGGCUUCGACCGGCCUGAGAUAAGUCCACAGAUUCAGUUAAUAAAGUUAAACGUAAUCACCAAUUCAUGUGGCCAAUCUUACUUCACCA